AACUGUGUCAGAGAAACAGUUUCAGGUGAUUACAGAAUUCGCUGGAUGCUGGCUCAGUGGAAAUUCUCACAACCAAUGCUGAAAGAUAUUUUCAUAAGGGGAGUGAGGAAGUCAGAGCAAUAAAAGCUAUCCUCUUCAAAGAUGAUACGUUGUGGCUCAAUCCUGGCCUUCUCUCGAUGUUUGGUUCGUAGAAAGAUUAUAAGCCAGAGUGGCCUUGAAGAAUCCAAGCUAUGCCGUUGUUUGACCACUGUAGACUUGAUAGCACUGGGAGUUGGCAGCACUCUUGGUGCAGGUGUUUAUGUUUUAGCUGGUGAGGUCGCAAAAUGGGAUUCUGGGCCCAGCAUUAUCAUCUCUUUCCUAAUUGCUGCAUUGGCUUCGGUGAUGGCAGGUCUCUGCUAUGCAGAGUUUGGAGCUCGUGUUCCAAAGACUGGUUCUGCAUAUUUAUACAGUUAUGUGACUGUUGGUGAACUCUGUGCAUUCAUCACAGGCUGGAAUUUGAUUCUUUCUUAUGUCAUUGGUACGUCAAGUGUUGCCAGGGCUUGGAGUGGGACCUUUGAUGAACUUCUUGGCAAACAAAUUGGAGUAUUUUUUGGCACAUACUUCAGGAUGCAGUCACCAGGAUUGGCAGAAUACCCUGACUUCUUUGCUGUGUGUCUGAUAUUAAUAUUAUCAGGUCUUCUGUCAUUUGGUGUAAAGGAGUCUGCUUGGGUCACCAAAGUAUUUACUGCUAUCAAUAUAGUGGUCCUUGUAUUUGUUAUGAUUACGGGGUUUGUGAAGGGAGACCCGGAGAACUGGAAAAUCAGUAAGGAGUUUCUCAUCAAUGUUACAGCAAUCGUAAGCAAUUCAUCUGCAGAGAAUGUCACCAGCAUUUAUGGUGUGGGUGGUUUUACACCAUAUGGAUUAAGUGGAACAUUAGCUGGUGCUGCUACCUGUUUCUAUGCUUUCGUUGGGUUUGACUGUAUUGCCACUACAGGUGAAGAGGUGAAAAAUCCUCAAAAGGCUAUUCCCAUUGGAAUUGUGACUUCCCUUUUGGUGUGCUUCCUGGCUUACUUUGGAGUUUCUGCUGCACUGACCCUCAUGAUGCCAUACUACUUGCUGGAUGCUCGGAGUCCACUUCCUGUUGCCUUUGAGUAUGUCGGCUGGGGCCCUGCAAAAUACCUGGUUGCUGUAGGAUCACUCUGUGCUUUGUCAACAAGCCUGUUGGGGUCUAUGUUCCCUUUACCCAGAAUUAUGUUUGCAAUGGCUCAAGAUGGUUUACUGUUCAAUUUUAUGGCAAAAGUGAGUAAGAGGCAGACACCAGUUGCUGCAACACUGGCAUCAGGGGUCAUCUCUGCUAUCAUGGCAUUUCUCUUUGACUUGAAAGCCUUGGUGGAUAUGAUGUCUAUUGGGACCCUCCUAGCAUACACUCUGGUAGCAGCAUGUGUACUCCUCCUCAGGUAUCAGCCAGCAUCACUCUACAAACAAAAUCUUUCUCCAGAAAGAGAGAACCUUACAGCCAAUGAAAAUGGUGAAUUAGACAGAAAUGCAUCAGAUUCCCACUUGACUAUGCUCAAAAACCGAGAUCUGAGCUGCUCAUUGCUACUCAGUCCUUCACCGGUUCCAACAGAACAGACUUCAUCAGUGGUAUACGGAUGUGUUGGGUUAAUCACUGUUGUCAUCUGUGCAGUGAGUGUGCUGAUCACUUAUGGCAAUGAAACAAUACUUUCCCUGGAGCCCUGGAGCAUUGGCCUUCUUGCAGUAUUCCUGCUCGUGUUUGGCACCACAGUUUUCAUCAUCUCAAAGCAACCUCAAAGUCAGGCCAGAGUGGUUUUCAUGGUGCCACUCUUGCCAUACUUGCCUGUUCUCAGCAUCUUUGUCAAUAUCUACUUAAUGAUGCAAUUGAGUGGGGGCACUUGGAUCCGAUUUUCUAUUUGGAUGGUUUUCGGAUUUGCAAUCUACUUUGGCUAUGGCAUCAGGCACAGCGAGGAAGGUCACCGCGAUAGUGAAUCAGUGCAGAGUGAAACUGAGAACACAAAGAGUGUAGAAGGAAUGGAUGACAAUGAGAUGCCAACUGAACUUGACCAAUUUAUUCUGCAUGAAAAGACAAGUGAAUGUUAGCUAUAAAAUGCUGUUUGUCACAUCAGACAUAUUUGUGUUUUCAUGAGCAGUGAAGUUUUAUCAACUUUUAGCCUCAGAGUUUGUCAAAGCUCUGUACAGGGUCAUUUUAUACCAACAAAAGAAUGUUCUUUGCAACAAAUCAUCUGAGCUUGCUUAUGCAGGAACUGAGUGUAUUAACUGAUUAUCUGCAUGUACCUCUAUCUGUUCAGUAUCAACAUAUUUGAUUAUAUCUUACCAAAAUGUUGAGUGAAAAAUAUUGUUACCCAUAACAAAAGGAGUUGGGCUAUGAUAAAAGAAUAUUUACUGGGAUUAGAGCUAAUAUGUAUGAUUUUCAUUUCCAAUUUAUGAUACAUUGUUUUUAUAAUAAACCAUUUGACAAUUCA